ACGGCGCUGAUUGACAGUUAGCGAACGACUGCGGACGGCGCAGGAUCUAAAACCGCGCUAGGCGCUGCUCUCCACGCUCGCUCGCUCGCUCUGCUCUUCUCUUACCCGUGGAUCUACCCGGUGCUUUUUCGUGGGGGAAGAACUCGAAACACGCAUAUUCCCGUGGUUGCCUUUGCCUGCCGGCCCGCGCGCAACAUAUACACCAACCUUCCACCUUCUGUCCGCCGGAGUUACGAGUGGCACACGCAGUAGUAGUUACGGUAAGGGAGGUGGGUCGGACGCCGUCUCGCGGACAGCUCUCUCGCGCGUCACCUCUUCUCUCACUCCUCUGCGUGACCGGUUCGUUCGUUCAGUAAUCGCCGCGAGGAGGAACGCGCUUCUUCUUCCGCCGCGAACUCUCCGUCGACAACGCGUAUUCCGCACCGUUUCUCCACCUUGUCGCGUGGAGGAUAUUGCCGCUGGUACGAACCGCGAAUCGCUCGGUGUGUCUAUUCGUUUAUCAUCGUAAAACAACGGGCAACCACAGAUAUGUAAUUUGGCGCGCGGUAUCGCAGUAUUCGCAAACAAAGAGAGAGAGAGAUACAUCGUUACAACGCCGAUACCGCCGCACCACCGACGCUCGACUUUUCGUUCGUGUCGCGCGAAUACGAGACGACGAACGAACUCGGCUACCACGAAUCAUCCGAUUUAACCACAGUGGACUGUUGUUUGUCGCGCUUGUGCGAUCUAUGCACGAGAACCUUUCUGCUUGACCAAUUCAACGACAGCCCGUCGUCAUCGUCCGACAGAAUUAUCGCGAAAGUAAUAUUAUCCGCAUAUCGGGCAGAUAUCUUGAUUUCUUUGUUUCGUGCACAAGUUUUGAAGCAACAGUGUGACGCGCGCGCGAUCAACGGCCACGCGAGUUAAGCCGUCCGCCCGUGUGCUCCGCUCGAUUUCCCUAUCUCCUUUCGUUGGAAUGAAACUCCAACGACAGCCUUGAUUUCGCGCCAAUACUCCAACGACUACAUCGUAACGAAGGAUGUAAACGUGUUCCGGCAGUGACGUAUGCAAAUCUUUCCGGUGUUUACCCGUGUCGUUUUAUCUGUGAAAACAAUAAUAAUCAGUGCAGCCGAGAAUUGCUCUCCGACGGCCGACGUGAUAAACCGUGUGUCGAUUCUGAGCAGACAGCAGCGACGCAGCAGCAACAGCGAUAAUAUCCGUGACAACUAGAGAUCAAGUGAUACGUCGUGGUGAUACAAAUCAGUUUUCAGUAGAAACGUGAUCGUGAAUCUUGUCCGUCGGGAAACAGAAAUAAUCUGUUGUUUCGUGUCGUAUAUCGGUGAAGUUUCAUUUAUCCGUCUUUGAUAUCGUCGACCAAGAGAAACUUAUUCCACACUAUCGUCGAAUAUCCGCAAACUUAACAUAAAUAAUAGCGUCGAACAGAGAAUCUAUGAAAGACCACGUGUUGGAAAAAGCGGACUAACUCGAGCGUAUAAUGUGGCGAAACUGACGCUACGAAGAGACACGCUCCGUGGGUGCUUGUUUUGGUUUGUGAGUAUCAACGGAACAUCCGGCGGUGUGACCGCGACGAUGAGGAAGCACGUGUGUCCGGCCGUAGCCGUAGUCCUGCUGCAGCGUUCAAUCGCGCGUGCUGAGCUCUGCUGACGCUCGCCCCGAUUUCUCGCCAUCAUACAGUUUCUCGUGUCGCCGGUCGACUCGGAUCCGGGGAUCGUCGAGGACCGACGGAGCCAACAGCACACGUUAAUAGUGGUUAAAGUGCAGUAGAACAAUCGCCAAGUGCUGUGGGCCCGUUUUAUUGCAAACCGUCGGCCGCGUUUCAUCGUUGGACAAUACUGCGAUCCAUUAUCGUGACGUGACGAAGCACGAGGAAGAAACAGAAAUUUGGAAGCCGAUAGCGAAUUACUCGAGAACGGACGUUUGCUGGCGACGGUCUAGCGUCGUUCUCUCUUGGUCGUUCUGUGCAUUCGACGAAGGCAAUAAUCCGCGAGUCCUCUGAGUGUGACGAACGGGAAACGGGCAAACCGAUCGCCCCGAUAAGGCGAAUCGAAAAGUGGGGAAACCAGUGUGUGUGAAGUGUUCGAGGUUACUUGCUUAUACUGUGGGAAAAUACAGCCGCUACGGUGGCUCAGCACGCAGAGUUCCCCGGCGCGGCCAGGGCGUUCAUGGCGCAGCCAAGGUAUGACGACGGCGGGCUGCACGGGAGUUACCUCGAGGGCGGAGGUGGCGGAGGUGGCGCAGGGCUGUACGAUCCACACGGGAGCGCCCGAGGUGUACCAGGUCUCCAUCACAGUCCACACCUCGGAAGUAUGGGACCUGCACAUCCCCAGUAUCCACCGCCCCCGCCGCAACCACCCCAACACGUUCUCGCGGCGGCAGCCGCGGCUGCAGCAUCUGCGGUACCCGAUGUCCACAAACGCGACAAGGACGCGAUUUAUGGACACCCCUUGUUCCCGCUUCUUGCGUUGAUUUUCGAGAAGUGCGAGCUGGCGACGUGUACGCCGCGUGAACCCGGCGUCGCGGGCGGUGACGUAUGCUCGUCAGAAAGCUUCAACGAGGACAUCGCUGUCUUCUCUAAACAGAUCAGACAAGAAAAACCUUACUACAUCGCAGAUCCGGAGGUCGAUUCGCUGAUGGUACAGGCGAUCCAGGUCCUCCGGUUUCACCUCCUCGAGCUCGAAAAGGUCCAUGAACUAUGCGACAAUUUCUGCCACCGGUACAUCAGCUGCUUAAAAGGAAAGAUGCCGAUCGACCUAGUGAUCGACGAUAGGGAGAGCUCGAAACCGCCGGAGAUCGGGAACGGUCUGGACGGUGGCGGACCAAGGAGCACCGCUGACAGCACCAGUCACACAGACGGAGCGAGCACGCCGGACGUCAGGCCACCCUCCUCGUCACUUUCGUACCCCGGUGCGGGUGGUAAUGACGACGCACGCAGCCCCGGAAGCGGGGGCACACCCGGACCUCUCAGUCAACAAGCGCCCGCAAGUUUGGACUCUUCGGAUCCCGACGUCACGGGUAAAUGGUGUCCGCGUAGGGAAUGGAGUUCGCCGCCGGACGCGCAACGAGCGGCGAGCGACGCGCGUCGUGGCGUUCUUUACUCUUCCGUCUUCCUCGGUAGCCCCGGUGACGCGAGUAACGCGAGUAUCGGCAGCGGCGAGGGCACCGGUGAGGAAGACGACGAUUCAUCGGGUAAGAAGAACCAGAAGAAGAGGGGCAUCUUCCCCAAAGUCGCGACCAAUAUCCUCAGGGCGUGGCUAUUUCAACACCUCACGCAUCCGUACCCUUCGGAAGACCAGAAGAAGCAACUGGCUCAGGACACGGGGUUGACGAUUCUCCAAGUUAACAACUGGUUCAUCAAUGCGAGGCGUAGAAUCGUCCAGCCCAUGAUCGACCAGAGCAAUCGAGCCGUGUUUCCGCCAUUGUCCGCAGGUCCGAGCGGGGCGUACAGUCCGGACGCGACGAUGGGUUACAUGAUGGACGGACAGGCGGCGAGCAUGAUGCACCGGCCGCCCGGUGAUCCCACCUUCCACAAUCAGUACCAUUACCCGCCAGAGUACUAUGGACAUCACUUAUAAAGCAGUAGUCGCAAAUAAAGGUAGGCGAUGGAAUGACGAUUCUUGCGGAACGGGAAACGUAGCAGCGUGACGGAAACGCAGCGUGCUCCGGUUGGCGUUUAGAGCAAGGUGCACGGGGGCAACAAGGAGCGAUUCGUCGCCUCCAGGGCGUGAUCGACGCGGAAGCGGAGAGAUAUUUCUCGGCAGCGUCGCACGUCGAGGCUCGUGGUGCCAGCUGUUCGAGCCAGGAGUACACGAUGCGGACGGUGGAAGCGGAAAAACAGCCGUCGGUCUGGUUGUGGCUCGGAAAUCGAGUAUCGAGGCGGGGCAAAAGAAACUCGUGAAGAACAGGAGAAAGAAAGAGAGUCAAAGGACGGCGGAUUCGUUCGCCAAAGCAGAGAAAGGCUCCGUUGGCGGAGAAAGGCCGACACGGGGCGUGUGGAUCGCGUGGAACCGGAAGCAAGAUGGCUGGAGAGAAAGAGAAAAGAAAACAAAUGGCGAGAGACGCGCGGCUUGAACGAAGACGAGAGUACGAGGAGCCGCGUAAUACGAUGGAAAUUCAUGUGAUUGUUCUGUGUACAAAUGUCGCGGUGUAAUAUUGUAGUGAUCGAAGAAUUUAAAUGUUAAAUUUUAAUACGGUCGCGAUCGAGCUAUUAUUAAUUAACGAUUAUAUAGAGAGGACAUUGGGGGCUACGAACGAGGUAACCUCGAACAGAGUGAUAUAGGCAAUUUCUAGCGGGCAUGUGUACAUUAAGAAUGAGUGGUAAGAAAAGCGGGAUAAAUAAAAAGGUAGAAAAAUACAAGUAACGAAAGUGGUAGAGGGGGUUGGAGAACUAAGGCAAACCCGGUACUCGCGAACUCAGAUCCGAUUUAAUUAAUAGAUAGAUAUCCACGUGCGGAGAGAGACGAUGAAACGGAAAAUUCAGAAGUUCUGGAGGCACGAAACUACGGAGAAUGGAAUUCAAUAUGAUCGAACGGUAUAUAUAUGUAUAUAUAUAUACACACAAACGCGCGCGCGCAGAUGCGCAUCCAUGUGUAUAGAUAUAUAUGGGUGUAUAAAUAAAUAUAUAUAGGGAAAAGAAUUUUAGAUACGUGGUGGGUGGCGUUUCGGAAGCCUACUAGGAAAUGAAAUGAGAGGAAGAUAAGUGUGGGGAAAAUUGAGAAAUAGUCGGUACAAACGUUUAAUAAACGUUUAACAAACGCAUGUACGCACGAUCAAAACGUAAAUGCGAAUCCGAUAAUGAAAAAACGGUGCGAGGGUAAAGAAUAUAGGCAAUGUGAGGAACUGAAUGGAACAAAUUUAAGAAUAGAAAAACAUAAACGAACGAAACAAAAGGACGCAGCAGAACAAAAGAGAAACUUUUAGGACAGAAGAAUGAAAUCGACGCGUGUGCCGGACUCGAGCGUCGAUCACAUUCACUUGCAUAUAUAUAGGUGACAUUGAAAUUUGUACAGUUAUUAAUUAUAAAUGAAUUUACUAAUUAAAGGAAGGAGUUAUCAUAUAAUAUAAAUAUAUACAUAACAGACACACACACUGAAGUAACAUGUGCGCCCCCCUCCCCCGAUUGUAAUAUAUAUAUACAAGCAAGCGUUUUAAUUGGACUUUGGGACGAUAAUUAUUCUCGUGUGUGUUGUGCCGUGUUCGAUGUGCGUACUGGAUCGAGGAGACGCGUCGAAAGAAUAAAAAAAGGAAAAAAGCGGGAAACAAGAAGAAUAGGUAAAAAAGUAAAGAAACGGAUGGCAAAAGCGGAUAAAGUACACCGAAACAGACAUGACGAUAGUGCGCGAAAAUGUGCGAGCGCGAGGAAGGAGAAUAGUAUACGCAAGCGACAGUUGGUGAGGGAUUAUAUAUAUUUAUAUAUAUGGAAAAAAGUAUAUAUAUAAAUAUAAAUAAAUAUAUAUGUAUAUACAUAUAUACAUAUAUACACAAAAAUAUAGAUACCUGCGAGAAGAUCAGACGGUUCUUCGUCAUUCUACAACUCGAUGACACAGUUAGACCUCUCCUCCCCGACCUGUCCGACUCCACACGUAUAGAAAACGAUACACACGCGUAAACACACACACACACAUAUAUAACAUAUACAGCGAUACAGAGGAAAACACGUAGACACAGGCGCGCGUAAAAUGAGCGUUAUUACCCAAGCCCCGUCUCCCCGCACCGUAAGGAUAAUUACGAAAGGAAAGGAACGCGCGAGAAUCUAAAAACAGGCGAACUACAUGCGAUCUACAAGUUUAAUUAAUAUAAUAUAUUGUGUAUAUAUAUAAAUAGUUAAUUGAACCGCGGCGAGCGUGGGAAGGGAGGAGGGCAAAGGAAUACCCAAGAUUGGCAAGGCUUUACGAGAGAUGUUCGCGACCGCGCAGAAUUCUCUCGCUCUCGUCUUUCCGCUCCUUUCUUUUCCUGCCGUUUUCUUUUCCCCUAGCCGCACCGCGGGGAGGUGAAAGGGCUCGGUAAUAAACGGAGAAUCUGUGGACCAGUGAGAUCCUCGGCGAACAGUGGAGGUUGAAUCGGGAAAUACGUGCGACAACGAGGAGUAUCGUAUUGGAACACAUUGGUUGGUUUCUUUCGUUCUCGUCUUCUCUUAGUUUGUAAUUCUUCCUUUCUCCAAUUAGUCACUUUUUGGAUACAUAUAUAUAUAUAUAUAUAUAUAUAUAUAUAUAUAUAUAUAUAUAUAUAUAUAUGGAAUAAAUAUCAAGAGCUUAAAGAAGAUACUAUUUAUUUCAUUCAAUACUAUUAAAGAUAAUAAUCGAGACGAAUGUCAUGCCCUUUUUUAUUCACCUAUGUCUCAAAACAGAACGAAUUGGCCCUAUAAGACGUAAUCCUUCUAGUUUGCUGUCAAAAAGGAGAAAACCCGCCCAUCGAUUUAAUUUUUGUAUUAAUGGAAAAGUUUCUAGCAAAACUGCCUACGAUAUCGCAGUGAAAUUCUCGAGUAACCCAACGACACCGCAUUGUGCCUCGGGCAAAGAGAAACAUCAAAAUCAAUGAAAUUUCGAAUAUUUACAACGAUCCAAAAUUGGUUGCAGCUUCGUCGAAAUUUUUCCCAUUUCCAAGAAUAAGUUUGAGAACGAGAUCAAAUUUCGUCCGAAACAUGGACGACAUUUCUACGAAACUGUUGAUCGGUAUUCACGAUCUAUCGAAAUUCCAUUGGAUUCUCGAAACGAAUGCAGCUCGUGACUGUAAUCGCUGUGUAUAUUGGAUGGAACUAGCCUUAGAACUGUCUCGAAACAGAUCGUCGAAUAAAAUCGCAACUGUAAGAUGGGCCAUUUUGAUCUCGACACUUUUCUCGACACUUUUCUCGUCCUUCCCGUAUCGUUUUCCUUUCAGAAAUUACUUACCCCGUUGUUCAUACAAUUUUUUUAACAAACUAAUUGACGCAGUUACGAUGCUGAAAAUUUCUUUAGUGAACAAUUUUUAUUUCGUACUUUUAUUUUGAAUUACUUUCCAAACAUUGAUUCAACGUUUAAUUUUAUUCGGUAGACAAGAAACGCAGAAAAGAAUCGAAGAAAGGGGGAAAGAAAGAAGCGAUACAAGCAAAGAGUAUACACAAGCGAAGCGAAUUUUUGUGAUGUAAGGAUAAAGGAGAGAGAACAUGAAUUAGAGAGAAAGUGUUAAAAAUUUAAUUAAAUUAAACGUCGAUUAUAAAUCAACGCAUGGAAGGAUGAAUAGCGUGAAGUUCGAAAUAGCUCGUCCUAGGUAUCUUUUUGAUAAUCGGGUGAAUUGCUCGAUAACAGGAGAAACGGAACGAAGGUAAGGAGAAGGGAAAUUGUGAGAGAGGCUUAGGAGAAAGAAGAUGCGAACGAACGAAAGAAACACAGAGCAUACGAGACAAAUUUUAUCGAUAUUUUCAAUACGCCCGCAUACACGCAAUUCUUGUAUAAAAAAUUUUAAUGUAAACACACUGCUCUUGCCGCGAGUCGUGACGUUCACGAGAAAAUCGAUGCUGUCGUUUCUCGUUACCCCUGUUCGAUCUCAAAAUACGAUCUUUCAAAUUGUAUUUGCGAGAAAAGUCAAUCUUCUACGGAACGAUAACGCGAAACGACGCUCGAUUUUUUUCUAGCCACGGUCGAGCGGCGUAUUAGUAUACUGAAAGAAAAAAAAAAUGAUAACCUACGUAUACCGAAAGACUCAGGUGCGAGAGAAGUCAGUUAUAGGUCCUGGUUAAUUGGUGAAAUUUCCGACACUCGUCGAGAUCCAUCGCGACCGAUUUUCCGAUCGGUGAGCGCGAGUACGCGUGCGUAGCUCCUCUUCACGAAUGCGACAAUCGAUCGUGCGAUCCUUCAUCCGCGAAUUUUUUUCCAAAUUUCGACAAUUCGAAUCUGUCACUUGAAACGAAAAAUACGAAAACUAAAAAAAGAAAUGUAUAAAAAACUGAAAAGAGAAAAGCAGGAACAUGAAAACGCGUUAGCAUCACGUUUUCCCGGUUGAAAUUUCUCGACGACCUGGUUACCUGGAUACAUCGUAUACGAGAAAACGCGAAAAUAGUAGAAUCUCGCGCGUUCGAAAUCGUCCCGCGGCUACGACGUGUUCUUUAACAUUUUGAUGCAAAUUCUCCCAAUAUUUUUAGUAAGAGCUUUUUACGUCACGGGGACUGAGACUUUAUACCAUUUUACUGAAUAAGCAGCGUCGUUCUCGUAGACGUGGAAUUUUUUCGUUUUUAUCCGAAUUCGACCUUGUCAAUGCUAGAGGGGACGAUCUCGCGACGUCCGAUGAACAAUCGUAUAAUACAUAAUCGAUUAUCAAAUACGAGACAAUCAUGGAGACGAACGCGGAUGAUGGCCGACGAAAUGAUACCUAAUCGAGCACGAUCGUUUACGGAGCGAAGUGUUCUUACCGAAUUCUAUUUGUUGUACGAUAUAUUGUUUAGUUUUGUUAAUGACCGUUCCGUCGAUCGUUUCCGAUUCCGCGCCGAUUCGUCGUCGCGCAUACGAGAAAUUUCAAUGGGAAUCUUUAGCUAGAGCUUUAUCAAAAUCGUUUUACCAAAUAAAAUGAAACAAUAUUUCCAAACAGAUGAAAUUAUAAAACGAGAAUGUAAAUGAGCAACAUUGGGCCGUCGUUUUCGUCUGUGAUGAAUUUCUCGAGUAGAUUGAUACACGGUAAAUGUCCCGAUUUACCAGCGACUAGGGACUACGACAACGACGAUUAAAUUAUUUUUUCAUGAAGAAGAUCGAUGUCCGAUGAAAAUCCCGAUGGAACAGACGCCGGUGGAACGUUCGUCGGCGCAUUUCCGUAGCAGCAUGCGAAAGUGCAACGUCCAUGGUGGACUCGCGUACGAACACGACUCCGUCUUUUUACCCCGCUCGCUGACACACCACCCCCGUGGUCGGAGAACGCGAUCAAUAUUUUCGUGGAAAUGCCCGGCGACGCGUUACCCGGCGAAGAAAAGAGUAAAGGGGGGAGAAGGAAAGAGGAAUAAACAAAAAUAUAGAAAAUAAAAGUAGGAUCGCAUGAACGAUUAACGAAAAGAGCCUAUACAAUUGGUGCGAGAUGUAUAGGCGUGUAAAAAGGGAAAUGAAAGAACGAAAGGAAAGAAAACAUAAUGUUGUAGCGCUUAUGAAAGGAAUGUGAAGACGGCGGCGAACGGACGACGUUUAUUGGCUGUUCGUUUUCUAAAUGAGUUCACCCGAUUGAAUGAAUCAUCGCCUUAAAAAUGUAUACGAAGUAACAGUAAGGUAUCUAAGUAAUAAUCAUGUUAGAAGGUAAAGAAACUUAAAACAAAGAUUUUAUGAGCGACGACAAGAGCGGCUAUAGGGCAACGAGAGAACGCGAGUGAGAAUGAGAGAGAAAGAGUCUGAGAGAAAUAGAGUGGUAGCGAGACAACGGUGCGAUCGAAGAAAUAAAUGCUGUGUAUGAAAGGAACACGUGAAUGAACGAGCGAAUGGAAUGAAGCGACUAGGAAGAAAUGAUGGACAAGGAAGAGAUGGCGCGAAAGUGUAAAAAAAGGAGAAGAAGAAAGAGUAAUGUAUAAUUAUCGUGUAAUUACGGAAGAACGACGAUGUUAGUAACCGCGUUGCCGGCGUUGGCGGCGAUGAUCAUAAUGACGACAGCGAUAACGAGUGUUGGGCGGGGUUUGUCGGCCACCUGAAGAUCGCCACUAAUCGUCAUUAUGAUCAUCAAGCGAUGAAAUGAUUACGAAAUAACGCUGAUGAUGAUGCUAUUCACAACAAUGAUGAUACUGAUGAUGAUAUAUGAUGAUGAUUAUGAUUAUGCUGAUGGUGACGAUGAUGUGUAUAGUAAGCUAAAAAUUUAUUAUAUCGGUAUGGAAUCAGAUUUUUUCAACUGUUUGCGUAUUGACGACCUAUUGACACUCUUAAGUAAAAAAGAUUAAAAAAUGCAAAAAUAAGAGGAACGGUAAAUAAAUUGAACAAAAAAAAAAAAUGGAAAAAAGAAAACUUAAUCGAAUCGAACUGUGUUCUGUGUUUGUGAAAUCGGGAAAAAAACACCGCUUCUUCGAUCGUUGUUUCAGCACGAUUGUGAUAGCGCGACGACGCGGAAAUUACGAUACGCGUGUGGUCGUGCGGGAGGUGGUUCCUCCUUCGACCCCUCGAGAAUCCCCGGGGCGAGGAUGUUCGUUGAUCCCUCGCGUCGAUCUACGUAUAUUCUCACCUCUCUCUCGAGCAACUCAGAGAGCGAAAGAGAGAGAGAGAGAGAGACGCGUGUGAAACGGAACUAAAGGAAACACGUAGAAACAGAACAAAACACAGUGAAACGGAAACUGAUACCUGUCGAUGUAAAAUAUUAGUAUUAACAUAUACGUGGGAUUACGUGCACACACGCGUCCAUCCGUUAACAAGAAAAUGUGUCUGGACACGCGCGUACACGCGUCCCCGGCUUGCGUAGAGACGCGUGACGGCGUCUCUGGCAUAGAGGGAACAGAGUCGAUCAAUCGCGUGAAUUGGCCCGGAUCGAUUGUGUUCAAAACACUCACGGAUCGCAACGUGAUGACGAUGAAAGGAAGGACGAUGUCAAAGGUGGUCUAUGUUAGAGAGUGUCCAUUGUAUAGUGUUUUUUUGAAACGUGAGCAUUAAAUGCUACAUCUUGUGUA